AUGCCUUCUCACCCCGCGCGCUCUCUCUCUUCCUUCACUCUUUGCAAGUACAAGAUGAAGUGGGCCCCAUACGCUGCGCUUGCUGCGCCUGUGCUCGCCCAGUACGACGCGAAGCCGGAGCCAAGCAACAAGAAGCUUGUUUCGCCCAAUGAGCUGAUCAAGAAGAUCAAGCUCGAAGACUUGAUCGCCGGCUCUCAGAAACUCCAAGAUUUCGCUGAUGAGAACGGUGGAAACCGCGCAUUUGGUGGGGGAGGCCACAAUGCGACGGCCGAGUGGCUCUUCCAGACUCUGCAGGAGACGGGUUACUACGACGUCUACAAGCAGCCCUUCGUUGAGCUGUUUACGGCUGCGACCGUCAAGGCGACCGUCGCCGGCGCAGACAUUGCUGCCGACUAUCUCACCUUUGGCCCAUCUGGCGAAGUCAGCGGCAACCUCGUCAAGGUCAAUGCUCUUGGCUGCAAUGCCUCUGACUUCCCUGCCGGCGUCUCUGGCAACAUCGCCCUCAUCUCGCGCGGUGAGUGCACCUUUGGCAUCAAGGCCACCAACGCCAAAUCUGCUGGCGCUGCUGGUGCCAUCAUCUACAACAACAUACCCAACCAGCCCCUCUCCGGUACGCUCGGUGGCGACGGCAAUUAUGCCCCCGUUGUAGGAGUUACCCAAGAGGUCGGUAACAACCUCCUCUCCCAGGUUGGCAAUGGCACCGUCGCAGGCACCCUCUCCAUCAACGCCAUCCGCGAGAACCGCACAAACUACAACGUCAUCGCCGAGACCAAGCAAGGUGACCACGACAAUGUCCUCAUGAUUGGUGGACACACUGACUCCGUCUUCGCCGGCCCUGGCAUCAACGACGAUGGAUCGGGCACUAUUGGCACCCUCGUCACUGCCCUCGCCCUCACCGAGUUCAACAUCACGAAUGCUGUCCGUCUCGGCUUCUGGGGCGCAGAAGAGUUUGGUAAACUGGGAUCCUACUACUACAUGAAGACCAUCAACGGCUCCCUCGGUGGCAGCCUAGCUGAAGCCGCCAAGAUCCGCGCCUACCUCAACUUCGACAUGAUUGCCUCGCCCAACUACGUGCUCGGCAUUUACGAUGGCAACGGCGAUGCCUUCAACCUGACGGGCCCCGCCGGCUCCGACACCAUUGAGCGCGACUUUGAAAUCUUCUACGAGCAGCGCGGCCUCAACCACGUCCCCUCGCUCUUCUCCUUCCGCUCCGACUACGCCGCCUUCCUCGAGAACGGCAUCGCCUCUGGUGGCCUCUUCACCGGCGCCGAGGAAAUCAAGACUGACGAGGAAGCCCGUCUUUUCGGCGGCGAGGCCGGCCAGCCCCUCGACCCUUGUUACCACCGCCCCUGCGAUGACAUUGACAACCUCGACCAUGAUGCCUACCUAAUCAAUACCCAGAGCAUUGCAAACAGCGUGGCCAAGUACGCGCUUAGCUUCGAGGGUAUACCCAAGGCAAACUCGACCCUGCGCAAGAGACAUGCUGAGACGAGCCGCUUGAUGGCUCGUCUGGAUGACGGAGGACAUGCGCAUCACGGCCAGCCUUGCGGACAGGGUAAAAAUCUUUUGUAG